AUGUGGGCCUCCACGGGCCGACCCGUGGUCCUCCACGACGUCGACUCUCGGGCGCUGGCCUCGGCCAUCGUCUACAUCGGCGACGCCCUCACCACUGUUUGCGCCGUGCGCGAGACGCGCCCGGGCCGGGUCACGACCAGCACCGUCCUGGAGGAGUCGUGCGGCGCGGACCCGUGGAUGGUUAUCGAGGCGCUCCCCGAGGACCCCGAGAUCAAGCGCGAGAUGCUUGGCAAGGCCGACACCCUCGUGCCAGAGGACUGCAUUCUGGCCUCCAACAGCUCGACCUGGCCCACCUCGGCGCUGCGAAACCUCAUCACGCGCCCGGAGCGCCUGCUCAACACGCACUACCACCUCCCGCCGCGCAACACCUACGUUGAGCUCAUGACCUGCGGCGCAACGGACCGGGAUCUCAUACCAUUCCUAAAGGCGCAGAUGCGCGGCGUGGGCUUCAACCCGCUGGCCCUACCGCACGAGUCCGUCGGCUUUGUCUUCAACCGGAUCUGGUCCGCCGUCAAGUCGGACACGCUCCGGGUUCUGCAGGCGGAGCUCGCGUCCCCGAGGGACAUUGACGCGCUGUUUCGAGACUUCUUCCACGCGGAGAAGGGUCCUUGUGAGAAGAUGGACGAGGUCGGCCUCGACACGGUGUGGCAGGUCGAGAAAAAUAGGGUGAGCAUGGGCGUGGUAGACGAGGACAAGGCGGGAUAUACGGACUGGUUGGAGGAAAACUACAUCUCGAGGGGCCGGCUGGGUGAGAAGACGGGAGAUGGUUUGUAUUCGACAGAGGAGAGGAAGUUACUCAUGGAGAAGAGGGCGCUGACGAGAAGCUCGUAUCUGAGGGCGCAUUGA